AUGGUGCUUGCAAAGUCCAAGAAGUCGGUCGGCCUCGGCAACCAACUGAUGAAAGAUCGGUUUGGCGGGGGUAAAGGCGGCGACAGAAAACGAGUUGGCGCAGUCACACGCAUCGACCAUGCGACGGGCCAGGAAUACAUCACAAACGACAGAGCUGAGGCCGGCUGGGUCAAGAUGCGCUCCGUCACCGAGCAGGGCGCUUUGGACGAGUUCUUGGCUACCGCCGAGCUUGCCGGAACCGACUUUACCGCCGAGAAGACGAACAACGUCAAGAUCAUUCAUACCGACCAGCGCAACCCCUACCUUCUUUCUGCAGCUGAGGAAAGGGUAGUACUCGGGAAGCAGAGGGAACACAAGGCCCGUCUUACCGUGCCGAGGAGGCCGCAAUGGGAUGCGUCGACAACCCCCGAGGAGCUCGGUCGUUUAGAGCGGGAGAGCUUUUUGCAGUGGCGGAAGGGUCUAGCGGAGCUCCAGGAGACACAAGAUCUUUUGAUGACACCGUUUGAGCGCAAUCUCGAGGUCUGGCGGCAGCUGUGGAGAGUCAUCGAGCGGUCCGAUCUGGUGAUUCAAAUCGUGGAUGCCAGAAACCCUCUCAUGUUCCGGUCCGAAGAUCUUGAAGCGUACGUCAAGGACGUUGAUCCGAAGAAGAAGAAUUUGUUGCUCAUCAACAAGGCCGACAUGAUGACCUACGCCCAGAGAAAAGCGUGGGCCAACUACUUGAAAGGCGCUGGGAUUGCCUAUCGGUUCUUUUCGGCCCAACUGGCUAAGGAACUGCUCGAAGCCCAGGGGCCGGAGAGUGAGGAGGAGGAGGAGGAAGAGGAAGCCGGCCCAAGCGGGAGUGGCGCAUCUUCAGGGCAAAACGAAUCAAAAGAGGAGAGUGAGGGUGAGCCUGGUACAGAGGGCGCUGAACAAGAGGAGGAUGGCGAAGCGGACACCCGGAUUUUGACCGUUGCCGAGCUGGAGGGCAUGCUCCUUAGCUACGCGUCGAAAGACGCAGGACCGGAUAAGAAACUCCAAGUCGGACUUGUCGGCUACCCCAACGUCGGAAAAUCGUCCACGAUUAAUGCUCUUCUCGGAGCCCACAAGGUGUCGGUCUCGGCGACUCCCGGCAAGACAAAGCACUUCCAAACCAUCCAUUACAGCGACAAGAUCAUUCUGUGCGAUUGCCCAGGUCUCGUAUUCCCCAAUUUUGCCAGCACCAAGGCCGAGCUUGUUGUCAAUGGUGUUCUUCCCAUCGACCAGCUGCGCGAGUACAGCGGGCCCGGAAUCCCGACUGGCGACGAGCUGCUCAGCGCAUACGCUCGUCACAGGGGUUUCAUGACGCAGGGUCUCGGACAACCAGACAGGUCGCGUGCCGCGAGGUACAUCCUCAAGGACUAUGUCAACGGCAAGCUUCUCUAUGUCACCCCGCCCCCGGAUAUUGAGGAUGCCCAAGAGUUCAACCGCGAGUUGUACGACGUCGCGCACCUCCCGGCCAAGCGCCAAGCGGCUGCUGCCGCGGCGCUGGAAGAAAUGUCCAUUGAUGGUGAUGAUACCGCCUCCAUGCUGUCCGACAUGCUCCCGCUCCCGCGCGGAGCCAAGUCAGAGAGGCUGGACAAGGCCUUCUUCAAGCCCGGCCAGGGUAGCGCCGGCCACGUGUCGAGGCCUUUCAACUACAAGUACUCGGAGCAAGGCAAGGCGGAAAUGGAGGGCAAGCAGCUGAGCGGCCGGAAAUUGAAGGCCAUGAUUGCGUUAGAGAAGGGCAUCGACCCUAAGGAUGUGCAGCUCGCGUCGGGGAAGAAGCACUUUAAGGGUGGAGGCAAGCCGAGGGGGAAGAAUAGGGGAAAUACCAAUAGGGCGGGCGAUGAGGACUGA